CCUAUCCCGACAACUCCUCUCAAGCACCAUAACACCAUGGGCUCCGACGAUUAUGCUGCUGUCGGCGGCGGCGGUGCCCUGAAGCUCAAGGGCGCCAAAAUCCAUAAGAAAAAGAAGAAGCGCGACAAGACCGAUCUUGAAAAGAACCUCGAUACUGGAAAUAAGGACGACGAGAAGAGAAAGAAGAGGAGGAAGGAUGAAGAGGAGCAAGACCCCCACGAUGAGGAUGAUGAGGACAAACCUGAAGUGCAAAAGACGGAGGCUCAAAAGCGCCAUGAAGAGAUAAAGAAGAAGAGGCUGCUCAAACUUGCCGAGUCUUCAAGCGCGCGACCAGAACUUCUCAAGACACAUAAGGAGCGCGUCGAAGAACUCAAUACUUACUUGUCUAAAUUGAGCGAGCAUCACGAUAUGCCCAGGAUUGGCCCCGGUUAAGGAUAUCAGGACGGAAGGCUGAGUUGGUGGCGAAUAUGUGUAGGCGGAUGGACGGGAGUUGUUGGCGCUUUUGGUUAUACCCUCGAAUUAAACAAAUAUUCCAACACAUGCUAUCUGUUGCAUUGCCCUGGCGUUAUGAGAACCAGUGGCAUGUAUUGCGACUCGUAAAUUGUCCUUGAGGCGCGUCAUGUUUGUACCUUGCUGGGCUUGAAAGCAUGUAAACCCUGUGUCAGGGGGCAAAAGUCAAGACGCGGCGCACGAGAAAACCACACGGAUUUACUUCGAAUAAGAAAACUAUGCA